AUAGCAGUUGUAACACACACAGACACGCACAGUUCUGCUCUAAAAUCUCCAGUAAAGAUGCUGCGGAAAGUCCGAGAUCAGGUCAAGAAACACCCAGGACUCAUCCCACAGUUUUUCUUCAUCUGUCUGGGCAUGGGUGGAGCGUUCCUUUAUUUGUUUCGUCUUGCCAGAGGACCUCAUGUCACCUGGAACAAAAGCAGCAACCCUGAACCCUGGAAUAAGCUCAGUCCAAGCUACCAGUACAAGUUUGUGGCCAUUAAUACAGACUACAAAAACCUGAAGAAGGAAGGACCGGACUUCUGAACAUAUCACAGUUAUUGCCUCAACUUUUAUCAGGAAGAUGCACACAAAAAAUAAAUUAAAUAAAAAAUAAACUAAUAAUAAUUAUAACAACAACAAUAAUAAUAAUAAUAAUAGACGAAAACUUUGUACAUUUUUUUAUAAAAUGUUCUGUUGUUACAAGAUGUUUUUACAACUUUUUAUUCUUUUCACUGUUACAAGAUCUUCUAUAUAUUCACAAAACAGGCUGACAGACAUACACAUUAGCCUGAGAUAAAGAGCUAAAUAAAGGACUAGACUACUGUUAAUCUUAUUUAUGUGCAUUAUAUGUUAAUCUUUACAGAAAUCCACAAAAAU